AAAAUGCCUCUGCCUGUAUGAAUAUUCCGUAAUAGGAAACGCAUUUACUGCGCAGAAUAAUUAGAAUAACGGCGUGCUACCAGAGAGCACAUUUUUUGAAAAUUUCAAAAUACAACUUGUACGAACUCAAAUUACCGACGCGACCGUUGGUCAAUCAAUGCGCAGAAGAGGAUUGCAGGGUGACCGUCACAAAGGAAAUCGGAACCCUGUCCUUCGUUAUGUACGAAGUUGCAGCUGACAAUAUUGGCGGCGCGAGGAAAAAACGAGAGUCGCUAGCUGUCUCCGCGGGAAAUAAUCCGAGCGAAACCGCAAAUGAGACUCGCCUCAAUGAUCACGAUAUUAAAAAAGUUCUCGAGUCUAACGAGAACAGCGCCAACGACGCUCGAAUUAUUGAAACGGCGAGAAGGAUUAGUAAUGAAAACUCGAAGGAUAUCGAGGAGAGCGAUUUUAAAAUCGAGAGGAUUAUUUGUUUGAGGAUGUUUUUUAGUCGUCUUAUGUCUCAUCGAUUUCAGCUGUGAGCAAAAUUUUAAUACUUUUUUAGGAGUUGGAGAUUGAGUUAAGCGAGAGAGACACGAUAUGAAAACUUGUCCUCAAACGGGAUCCGCCGCGAUGUUGAAUAAAAUACAGACUGCAAUGGUGACAGUAUCGUGUGAUGACAGACAACCCAUGACGCCAUGUCAGUACACUGAUCUAUUUGAUAAUCUCGACUGGAUAAACAAGAUGACAGGCAAUUGGAAACCUGCGAGGUCAACCUCGGUAGCAGUUUGCUCUACGUGCCUCUAUCAUUUCUUUAUUGGCUACGAUUGCCGGAAUCAUUAUAAAGAUAAUCAAGCUGAUCUCGAGUCCAAUUAUCGCAAGGUGAAAGCUACAUACGAUAAUGAUUACAAGCCCCGAGACCGUACUAAUGGUUAUGAGUAUCCAGAAGGAGAGAACCGUGACUACCAAAUUAAGAAACCCAGUGUAAAAGGGCCCGAUAAGAAGAAAGCCGUUGAAAGUUUACAGGUGCUAUUUACCGAUGCUCGACUCGGUGAAGAUUGGAUACCACCGCAAUUCGCUCGACUGUGUAAGCAGUUUUUGGUAAAACACGAACAGUCGAAAGAAAACGCCGAUGAGAAUUUUACGGGAGCAUUGUUCGUUCUGGAUUCUGAAACAUUAUAA